AUGCCCAAGAAGGAGGAGAACGAGGACAACUUCUGCCACUGGGAAGAGUGCGGCCUCCAGUUCGAGACGGCCGAGGCGCUCUUCAACCACGUCUGCUCGACCCACAUCGGCCGCAAGAGCGCGGGGACGCUCUCGCUCGAGUGCAAGUGGACCGGCUGCCAUGCCAAGGCUUCGAAGCGCGACCACCUCACCUCGCACUGCCGCGUCCACAUCGCUCUCAAGCCUCACGUCUGCUCCGUCUGCACCAAGGCGUUCAAGCGCCCGCAGGACUUGAAGAAGCACGAGAAGAUUCACACGGAGGAGCAUCAGGCGCAGCACCGCUCGAACAAGGUCCUCGCGUCGUCGGUCAAGCCCGAACCCGCCGGCGCCGACUCGCUCCACCGCCACCCUCACCAGCAGCCGCAGCAGCAGCCUCCUCCCGCUCAUGCCCAACAAGCGCCUUUCCCCGUCUUCCCCUCGACGCUCGGCUACCCUUACGUCUUUGGCGCGCCUCAGCAACAGCCGCAACAGGCGCAGGCGAACUUUGGCGCCGCCCUCCCCUUCAACCUCGCCAACAUGAACCUCGCGAGCCUCACGCCGGACCAGAUCACCCAAAUCGUCACCUUCCAACAAACGCUCAACAACCAAGCCCUCCAGCUCGUCAACGCCGGAUUGAUGCAGACUCAGCAGGCCGCUCCCGCCCAGGCGGCAGCGCAAGCUGCGUACGCCCUCCAGCUCCCGCAGGGCAUCCAGAUCCUCCCCCAAGGCGCCGCCGUCUUUCCGAACUUUUCGUUCUCGGCUGCUCCGACGCAAGGCAUGACCGCGACUCCGCCGUCGUCGUCGUUGCCCACUCUUCCCGGUCAGGCGUCGUCGCUCUACCCUACGCUACCGACGUCGCUCCACGGCCUCGCACCCCUCGCUGCGUCGAUGCCUCCUCCCGCCGCGCCCACCGGCGUAGCGAAGAUGCCUCCUCCCUCUCGGCAUCACGAAAUCAAGCAGGAAGACCUCCCUUCGCCCGCCAACUCUGCCCGCUCGCACAAGUCGUCCUACACGUCUUCCCUCUCGCCGAGCAACGUCCCCGCCCUCUCGCCCGGCUCGUCGUUCUCGCCCUCCCCCGUGCCAGGCACAACUACGACCGCCACGAGUCGCCGCUCGACGAACGGCAAUGUCGUAGCGGGCAAGAAGCGCGGGUUCGAAGAAGCGACAGGCCAGUUUCUGGAGCAGCUCACGAAUAAAAAGUUCCACGACGCAGACUCGAUCGACGCCCAGCUCGACUCGCUCGCGUCGUUCAUCCUCACGCCUGAACUCGAGACUCAUUCGUUGCCCCUCCCGGGUGUCGGCGUCGGUGCGGCGGGGGAGGACUCGGGCUCGUCGUCAAGUGGGUCGGAGUACGGAGGUGGACCGCAGCUCGAGGCGGAGAACGUCGAGCACUUCAACGAUUUCCUGCUUCAAUGCGGGCAGAAAUUCGAUGCCGACCUCGCGCAGACGGCGCAGUCGCUCUCGAACGCCGGGUACGGGUCGCAGACGCCUCAGCAGCAGCAGCAGACGCAGUACCCGUAUACGGCGCUCUCUUUCGACUUCUCCUCCUCCGCGCCGAACCUCCUCUCGCAGUCGAGCACGCCCGCCGGCUUGCCCGCCCCGUACUCGACGCAAUCGCAGCAGUCGUCCUCGUCGUCCCUGUACCCUUCGCUCCCGCCGCUCGACCGCUCACUCAACUCCCUCUCCUCGGCCUACCCAUCCGUCUCCUCCGCUCUCCCGCCUCAACCGUCCUCCUACCCUCUCUACUCCUCCUACGACCCGCAAGUCCGCCUCUCGAAGCCCGUCGCGGCGCCCACAAUCUCGAGCGACUACCGCCCGACACAGUAUCACCAUGUCGAGCGGUUGCAGCGCGCCGCACCGGUUGCCGAGGAGCAGCACCUGGGCGAGGAGGACGACAUGGAGGUUGAUGACGAGGUCAAGGAUGCAGCGGCGGCGCUGUUGCUUGGCUUUGCCAAGGGUCGCGAGGCCCAGGCGGCGGCUAACGACCGGCCGCAGCUACCCUCGCUCGCGAGCCUCCGUCUCCCGCCUAUCGGCCAGUCCGCCUCGCCCUCUCGUCUCCCACCACUGCGAGACCUCCUCACCGCCCGCCCCUCGCAACCCUCCGACACGCUCGACUCGCCCGUCUCCCCGUCCACCUCCUCGCGCGCCACCCCUCUCUACCCCUCCCUUGCCUCUCUCACGCCCUCGUCCUCGUCCCGGCCCGUCUCAGCAGGCGGCGUCGAGCGCCUCACGCACCGCGUUCACAAGCUCCGCAUCCCGGAGAAAUCGGUGCAUGAGGCGGAUUUGGCGCAGAGCUCGGGCGAGGAAGAUGAAGAUCACCCGACGUGCUUCAAGAAGUCUAGGGUCGAGUCGCCUGUUCCGGUCGAGGCUGAGGUGAAGGCGGAGGAUCAGGGCGAGGAGGAGUUCGACGAGGAAGAGGACGAGGACGUCAAGCCCAAGACGGAUGACGAGGAGGAGGACGACGACGAGGUCCGGCUGCAGCGCGAAGAAGCCGAAGCGCGUAUCAAGGCCAUCGCGCGCCGCAAAGCCGUCCUCGCCUACCUCGCCAUUUACGUCAACACGGCCUACCGCGCUCAGCUCGCCAAGAAGAGUAUGGGACAGGUCCGCAAGGCGCUCAAGAAGCCGUCGUCGCUGUCGCAGAGCGUCAAGGUUGAGCACUGA